ACAAAAUACCAAAAACAGAAAUGGAAGACGACGAAUUGGAAAGUAUUCGUGCCCGUCGUAUGGCAGAGAUGCAGGCCCAAUAUGGGGGCGGUGGUGGAGGUGGUGGAGGGCCAUCCCAAGAGGAGCAGAUGGAAAAGGCAAGACAGAUGGCUGACAUGAAACACAGUAUCCUCAGUCAAGUGCUUGACCAGCCUGCUCGGGCAAGAUUAAACACCAUAGCUGUUGCCAAACCUGAAAAGGCAAAAAUGGUAGAAAAUAUGCUGAUACAGAUGGCUAAAUCAGGGCAGAUCCAAAACAAGAUUGGUGAAGACCAGCUGAAAGGCUUGCUGGAGAGAGUCAGUGAACAGACACAGAAGAAGACGACUGUGAAGUUUAAAAGAAGAGUGCUUGAUGACUCAGAUGAAGACUGACACAAUGAAAUGCUAGUUAAAAAAAACAGGAGGCAUAUGAUUUGUUACUAGCCUUGCACAUUUUAACAGCUGGGCCAAUAUUGGAUUUCUGAAUAGGUGUUUUAUUCUGAAGUGUAUUGUUCUCAACAAGGAAGUCAAAUUGAUGACACGAGACACAUUACAACUCCUGGUGUUCAUUGAUGUGAGUGAAGGAAGAUUGUACAUGUAGGGUGUAUAUACCAAGGUUGAUACUCUUGUGCAUGUAACGUUGUGCUAAUGACUGAAAUUCAUGUAUCAGAUGCUAAAUUGAUAUCCAUGAAUUGAACCAAUGCUGAGCUUGAACAUUGAUUUAAUGAAAGUAUACACAUGUAUCACAUUACAAAUUUACUACUACCACUGAUUUAACUGGAAAGGUCAUGCCUUUUAUAUGUGUUUUUGUUGCCUAUUUCCAGUUGUAAUUGGGCAUUGCAGCUACCAGGUAACAGACUAAGGUGGCAGUCACUGCGAUUAGUAAUCCUGUUAGCAGUGCAGACCUACACUGUACAAAUGGUAGGAUUCUCUGUCUAUUGAUUGUAUUCAUCAGUACUAGCCAGAAACACAUCUGUAGAAAUUCAUCAUCAGUAUCUACACUGCUGGCCUUCCAUGUUCCAAACGGUGCACAUGUAUCAUAGGUAUAACUGAGAGUAGGAAAAAUGUAAGAUCAGGGUCUCUAAAGUAAUCGCAAAUGAGGAAUUUAUUAAGGUUUAUACUUCUGAAAAAUGUGGGGUUUUUUUGUUUUUUGUUUGCCCAUUAAAUGUGCUGCAACUAAAAUGAAUUAGAAUUGAUGUAUUUGCCUUUUUUAUUCAUGAUCAAAACAAAAUACAAUUCAUGUAGCUUGAUUGAUUUAAAUCAGAUGUACUAUAGGGUUGUACUAGCUUGAUUGAUUUAAAUCAGAUGUACUAUAGGGUUGUACAAUUUGUAUUUCCAUCUUAAACCAAGCAGUUAUUAAAUUUUGAGGGUUGCAUUUGUCUGCAAACACAAAAUGAAAACAAAAAUAGCUAUUACAUCAUUUGAGAAUAACAGAUGUGUGAUAUUAUUUUACAAUAUCAAUGAAAAAUUGCUCACUGUACUUAAAAAAAUGAUACACCAAGAAAGAUAUUUUGAGUUAUGAGAAAAUCCUUUUUUAUCUAUCCAACUGAAAAUGAAAUGUUGCUAUGGUGGUUAAUGGUAUACUAAAGAAGACUUGACUGUUUCCUGAUAGAUUCUGUAGCAACAGUAUUUAUACACUUGUAUGUCAACCAUGCAGCACUUAAUUUCAUUGUCAGAAAAUGAACAUUAAAUUUGGUGAUAUUUA